AAGACGCUGUUGAAGAAGGUUGACAGGUGUUCGAUUCAUAGAAAAUAAGAGACGAAGACGAGGAGAGUUCAAUGAUCGUCGAAGAUGAUGACCUUGAUUAGCUCAGUUCAAGAAUGAUACUCCUAAUAAAAAUCAUGUGAAAGGUAUAUUCGACGAAAACUGACGAAUUGACCUCGUAUUCAGGGCAUUGUAGAGGUCGGAGAGACUGCUGCAUGAAUCACAAUGACGACCUGUCAUCCGAAAGUGACAGCGGGGAAACAAGCUUAACCUCAUAUCCAGACGGGGCUGUCAAACGCUAUCAUGGAUAAAGUUAGGGUUGGCAGCGUAACGGGUCGGCAACUCAAGCGUUUACAAACUCUAAACGUGACAGGGCGCUUGAAGAUAAAGCAGUGAGAUAUCUGCUACCUUCGAAGUGGAAGACAGCACACAUUUUCCCCCCAAUAUUUUCAAAUACUUUUGUCGUUACUAACAGGUAGAGAACGAAUCCGAAAUGGCGGGCAAAGUGAGUAUGGCAAACACGGACGACAUUCCCGAUCUCAUAGAGAUAUUUUGGGAAGCCUUUAGCGGACCAGGAGAAAUCAUGUUUCCUCAUACGGACGGAGGACGGAAGUGGCUCCAGCGCAGUUUUAAUAACUUUUUGGGCCAAAAGUCUUACUACAGGCCUGAGUCGAAGGUCGCGGUUGUCAGAAACUUGAAUAGCCGGCCAGUUGCGCUUGCAAUCGCCCACAUCGUCCGUCCAGGGCAGAAAAUAGCUGGCAACUCGUGGAAGACGAGAUGGUCGCGAUGCGAGGAUAUACCAGGUAUCACCGAAGAGAAGCUCGUAGAAUUCUUCGAACCUUUGGGGAGAGCCCAUUACAUCGUAGUAGGAAAGGAAGGCCAUGUUUUCAUUGAGCUUGUCAUAACGAAGUCAACUAAUCGAGGAAGAGGUUACGCAUCAGCUCUUAUGGGAUGGGCCACAAAGCUAGCGGACGACCUCGACAUUUCUUGUUAUCUUGAUGCAGGUAUGCGAGGCAUGGGCAUCUGCGACCGAUGCGGCUUCAAGGCGCAAGAUAUCGAGAUGCGAUACGGCGGACCGCCGCCUUGCACGCCUAUGCUACGGUCUAAAAAACAGUAAUGUGUUUAUUGCAGGGGAGACCUAAUAGGCGAAUAGGCAAAUAGACGUCGCGAUGGUGAGAUGCGAACCGAGGCAGGAUAUUAUUCGGAACUCGUAACCGAGCAUAUCGCUUC